CUUAUUAAUGUUACUUUUUGAACAAUAAUAGAUAAUUUUAAUACUUUUGCAACAAUUUUUUGAUCUUAUGUAGUUUUUAUUAUUAUUUAACAAAUUUGCAAGAAAAAAAUCUGGGCUACAUUUUAAAUUUUUGAACAGGGCCUCAGAAUAUCAUGGGACGACCCUGCAAAUAUUCGAAAACGUCAAAUAAGUAUUGAACUAUGAGAUGACCAAAUAUUACAUGUAAACGAACUAUUAUCAAUAAUCUUGCAACAAGUAUCCCACUCUUGGAUGGCGAGGAUGGGAGAUGAGAAGGGAAGAGGAAGCGAUAUCUUUCUUGGAAUAGAAAAAGAAAGAGAGAAGAGAUUGAUGGAGUGAGCGAGUGAGAAAAAGUUGGUGGAGAUUGAUGAAGAGAAGAGAUUGAUGAAGUGAAAGAAAAGUUGCCCACCAAAAGCAAGGCUAGUGGCCAUGGAGAGUGGCAACAUGGGUUGACAUGAUGCUGAAUAUUUUCAGGGAUCACUUGAUGAUGAGUGUCAAAUUCUUCCGCUGACACCUUAAUACAAAGGCUAAUAGGGUUGCCUGAUCCGGCGUAUGUAACAAACACCCUGUGGAUUGGAUUACCAUUAUCAAUGUUAUUAGGCCGUUUUUGUAACUCGUUGAGCUUCACUCUUGUUUUGAAUUAUAUGAAUCUUCUUGUAAAAAAAAGGGCUAGUUAGUGGGUCCUUCUUCCUUGGCUGACUGACUUCCAGCUUCCAAGCAUCAGGUUCUCUCUAUAAGAAGUCAUUCCUAGAGCCACUUGAAAUGGACCGUUGGCUUUAGCUCCGCCUGCAAUCCCACCGUACGAGCACAUGCUCACUAAUAAUGGUAUGAGCAACAUAGUCUAGUUGAUUUUUAGGACCAAUUGAAUAAAAUCCUUUUUUUGGUAAAUUUAGAAGAAUUUUGCUAUCGUAAAGGAAAAGGAAAAAUGAAAGGCAGAGUGAGAAACUGAGAAGAGGCACAUAUUCUUAACACAAUGAACCCACCCAACCGUCGACCAAAUUGAAGGGUUGAAAUGGAAAGAGCCCAUCACAGUUUUGGGUCCAAGCCCACACUGUGUGCUGUAUUCAUUCUUGGAUGGUGCACAGCUGCAAUCAGCGAUUGGUCGGCGUACAUGAGACUGCCAUCUCAACCAAGUGGUAGGCGUAGCUUUCCAUUUCCACAGGACUACCACCUGGCUUCGGCUCCCCAAUUUCCGCUCCCCUCUGAAAAUUGUUUUACAACCGCCAACCCUGGUUUCCGUCUCUCUCCCCUUCAUUUCCCUCUCCUCUCUUCUCGUUCUCUCUUUUCUUUUUCCUCUCCAAUUAUCGUUUCUUCCACCAAGAGGUCUCACCAUCUGCCAUUCUUCUUGCUGGUCGUCUUCGUGGUCGCUAGAGGAGGAUCAACAACAACGAAAAUCCGGAGAGAGCGACGGAGGUCGCCAUUUCUCUCGCUUCUCAACAUCACCUUUAGAGGAGAGCGCGCGAAAUUAAAGCUCGUUUCCACAUUCCAAGGCAAUCUCUCUAUCUGGUAAUUUUUCACAAAAUCCAUUUCAAGCGUGCAAUCGCAUCAUUCCUUCUUUGAGUCACGUCGUUUAUGAUUUCAAAAUGAAUGCACCGAACGCAUGCGAACGGUUUCCAUCUCUCCGUUCCCGCGGAUUCACUCGUUCGUCUGAUACGAUUCCUCCGCGACUUGCUUGUUAUGAGCACAUUGCUGGUUUCUAUUUGGUUGUUAGUUUUAGCAUGCAUGUCUGUUGGCGAGUUAAGAUCAUAGUUUUCUUUCGCUCAUUUGGGCAAUUUGUUUUUCCCCUUGUGAUGAUAAGGCGAUUUUUCUGUUGAAAUUUUCGGUGUACUCUGAUACCAUGUUGUAAUUUUUGAGUGUUUAUUUUAAGUGGAAGUUUGAGGUUUAAUUUGUAAUAAUGGAAAGCAGCUGCAGAGAUAUGAGUAAUUGAACAAAGAAACCUUUUUUUUUCUUCUUCUUCUUCUUCUUCUUCUUCUUCUUCUUCUUGUAAAGGGUUCAUGAUACCCUUUCUUUCUUUCUUUUGGUGGGUAUUUCACCACACUUCAUACACUUCAAGGCUUUAUAUAAGCCUUCAGUAAAAUGAAAUAACUAGAGCCUAAUAAUUUGGUAUUUGUCCACAGCCAUAAGUUUGUGGCUCUAUUCGUUUUUCUUUUGUUUAACCAUUAAUUCACACAGCUCAUUUCACUGAGUUUCUGGUUUGUUCUUGUCUCAUAUCUCCAACUAUCACAUUCCACACCACUUAUUUGUUUAUUGUUUUUAUUAGAUGAUUUAUUUUGGAUAAUUUUCUAGAAUUAACCUCACAUUUCAACACUCCUCCUUGAAGUUAAUUCGUCAAUUCGAACUGUCUCGAUCUUACCAAUGACUUCAUUGUUUGUUCUUGGCGCCGGUAGAUUUUUUCUUUUUCUUCUUCUUCUUCGUUUGAUUGUUUUUAGCUCCUCUUUCACGACAGUGUUGCACUCGUAAAUUUUCUGCCAAUGACCUUUGUUCUUCUUGGUGGCGAGUCUGAAGACUAACUUGAAUUUUCUUGAUGUAAACCUGCAAAAAAAUGUACAAUUUUUGUUUUUUGUUUUUUUUUGUCCCAUGCAAUUACUCCAUGCAUUGAUCACUUUGUCUUCAAACAUUAUUUUGCCUCCUUUACAUGAGCUAGCGGCAGAGUGAAGAACACAACAUGUUCUAUUUGACACUCCAUAAUAAUAAUAAAGAUUUGAAGUUGAUAAUUAAUCCAUAUUGAUUGAUUAGAGUCCUACCUUGUGUGAUGUUAAAUGAUGAUAGCGUUGAUUGCAAAUUACCAUUCAACAUUUUCGUAGUCAACUGAUAUGAUGUCGCUUGUUUAGGUGGAGCAAUCUGUUAUAGAUUUCACAAAGGAUGUCAAUUAGCUUCAAGUAUUGGGAUGAUUGUGUUGAUCCAAAUGACUUGGAGGCAAUGUGGAGAGAACCAGCGGUCAGCACAGAAUGGCUGGACGCAGGUGAAACUAGAGGUCAGAAGGUUCAUAUUUCGCGGGAUCCUGAUGGCGAGCCCUAUUUAACACAGACUGAGAUGAAGGCAGUAGCUGAUAUAAUUGUCCGCAGACACUUUGAUUUACAGAUAUCUCCGGACAUGAUAUGUGCUAUUGCUGAACUUGCUAGUGACAGGCAACUCCUUGCUAGGCAAUAUCAAAAGAAAACUAAGGAGAUCACCGUAGGAAUCAUGCAAAUUUUACCAAAAACUGCACAGUGGUUGGAGAGAGAUUUUGGCUACCGGACUUACGGAGUUGGAGAAAACCCAGACGUCCUUUAUAAGCCUUUCGUUAGUGUAUACUUUGGUGCUGCAUACCUUAAAUGGUUAUCCAAAUUCGAGCACAAAGAAAGAAGUGAAGAGUUUGUUGUUAGGGCAUAUCAUGGUGGCACGAAAAAGGCAACACAUAAAUCGACUUUGCAACAUUGGAAGCGGUACCUCUCGGUGAAAGAAAGUCUGCCUUCCAGAAGAUUUUCAAAUGAAGGGAUCUCAGGAAGUGCUGAUUGUACUUCCCCUAGGCCAUCAGCAUCUGCUGCACAUGUAGCUUCACCUUCUUCAUACGGCUCGGGCGGUGAUCAUUUGUACUGGGACUCUAGAGCUUCUCCGGAAGAUAUGUCAGAGAUGUGGAAUCAGCCUGAUGUUGCUAGGGAAUGGUCAAAAUCAGGGGAAAGGCGUGGGAAAGUGCGAUUUUCGCUGGAUAAGGAGAAGAGACCCUACUUGUCCCGAGUAGAAAUUAAGGCUGUCGCAAGCAUAAUUCUCUCGAAACAUUUCAGUACAAGGGGGGUUAGGCCAUCGGUCCUUUGCGCCCUUGCUGAGAUGGUUAGCAUGCGUUUUCUAAAUGGGAUUGGACAUCGAACUGGAAUAAUGGGCAUUGAUUACUCUACAGCCUUUUGGCUUUACACGGAGUUGGGGUAUCGGGCAUAUAGAGUUGAUUCAGUCGACGACAUGACAAAGCCAUUUCUGUCAAUGUACUUUGGCGCAGCUUAUAUGGCAUGGCUGUCAGAAUAUGAGCGAAGGGAAAGAACUCCGCAGUUCGUCGUGCAAGCAUAUCUUGCAGGGCCACAGAACGUGCGUCUUCAAGAGACGGGACCUCUUUGGCUUAAAUUUGAGCAAGCAUUGGGGAACUACGAGGACAUGAAGAGGGAUACCACCAGCUGCAGCAUCUUGUAAGCUCACCAAUGGCUCGGGAGUUGGAUGAUCCUCACUCGAGGAGUUUGUAGUUUG